AUGGCCCCGAUUGAUGAAGCGCUUGAGUUUCUGAAGCUGUGUGACACUGUUAACUAUGCCAAGACUGCGCGUCAGUUCAAUUGCGACGAGACUACCCUGCGACGGCGACACCAAGGCAAACAGAGGUCAAGACGGGAUGCCGACAGUUUGUAUAAGUCACGUCUCUCAAAACAGCAAGAAAGGGAUCUUGUUGCGUAUAUUCGCAAGCUUUCAUCACGUGGGAUUCCGCCUACGCUGCCGAUGAUCAAAAGUUUUGCCCAGGAUAUCGCCAAAAUUGAGGUCGGAAAGGACUGGCCGUAUAGCUUCGUCCGACCACCAAGCGGCGUUUUCACAACCUCAGAAACGGGUUGGACGAACCAUGAACUUGGAAAGGAAUGGCUCAUUGGUGUUUUCGACCGGUUCACGAAAGAAAAGGCGCGAAACGGCCGGGAUUACCGCCUCCUGAUUACCGACGGACACUCUAGUCAUGUCAAUAUGGACUUCCUGGAGUGGUGUGACCAGCAUCGGAUAAUCGUUGCCGUGUUUCCGCCGCAUUCCACGCACAGGCUGCAGCCCCUGAUGUGUCCCUUUGGCCCUCUUUCGACCGCAUACACCAACCAGCUCAUCCAGUGGACUGCAAAGACACAGGGACUCAUCGGGCUAUCGAAACGCGAGUUCUGGUCGUUAUUUUGGAACGCAUUCGGGUCAUCUUUCUCGGCGGAGAACAUCGCAAGUGGUUGGAAACGGACCGGACUCCUCCCAUUUGACCCUGAAGUCGUUUUGUCGCAGAUCGCGGAGAAAACAGAAGAUGAGUCUGAGUCUGGCGACAGCUCCGUUGACUCGCUCGCCCUGCAGCAGCCCACUGCUCGGGAUUUGCGCCGACUUGUCGACAAGGUAGUCGAUGGAUCCUCAAAAACGCUAGCCGAGACAGUCGGAAGCUCAAAGUACUCUCGAAAGUCUCCAAUCUCAGAACGAAUUGCUUCGAUAUGA